AUGGCGGAAGGCAGCUGCGCGGCGGUUGCGCCGGCGCCGUGCCGGCUCGGCGGCGCGGUGGCCGCGCCGGCGCCCGGCCGGCGGUGCUGCGGCAUCGGCGGCGGCGGGGGCUGCGGGCUCGGGCUCGCGCGGCUGGUGCGGCGCCUGCGGGGGCGGGGCAGGCGGGCGCUGCGCGCCGCCUCGUCCUCGACGCAGCCGCGCCGGCGCGCGUGCCAGUACGACCCGCUCAGCUACGCGCGCAACUUCGACCUCGGCGGCUGCGACGGCGACGGCGACGCCGCGCGCGGCUACUACAGCUGCUCCUUCUCCUCCCGUUUCGUGCUCGUACCCGCGUCGUCGUCGUCCGCCGGCGCCGGCGCGGUCCCCGCCGGCGCUGCUCCAGCAGCAGUCGCGACAAGCUAGAACAAAAUGGAUGUUAGCGUGGGCACUGGGCAGGUUGAUUGCUGCAUCAUCCUGCUGUCCCUGUAAAUACACACACUUCAUCAUCCUGCUGUCCGAGCGAUUCUUGCUUUCUCGUCACACUAGCAAAGUACUCUUGCUCCAGCUACUGGCUAGUUGCUACUC